AAAAUUCAAAAUUAAAACAAAGAUUAUAUGACAGACUUUCACAUAAGUAUGUACAUAUGUCACCCUUUUCGCUAUCGUCUGAAACAAUUUGUAUGGCUUUCUUCAUACAUUUCAAAAUAUCUUUAAUUAAUUCGAUACUCGUCAUACUCCAUUUUCUAAAAUAUUUAUAUUAUAUUAUGUAUAUCUGUAUACAUAUUUGCAAAUUACUUGCCAAAAGAUGAAAUUAAAUUUUUUAAAUAUAUUCCAAAUAUUAAUUUAAAAAAAAUACGCAAAUGCAAAUAUGUACUACGAAAGAAAGAACACGAAUGCCGAAAAACGUCGCAGCGAACUGCUACGAAUGAGAACACAAAGCGAGUUGCUGAACACUGGAAACUCGGCGCGAUUCUCCUCUCCUCGUCGCCCCCUCGCCAAUAAACCAAGAGUUGCCGAGACAAAAGUUGCUGCGUGUAAUAAGCGAGUUUACGCUUUGCUUUCAUUUUCCACAAUAAAGAAGUGUAAAUACGAAAGUUGUAUUCCUGUAAACAUAAAAUAAGUAAACAUAAUAAACUUAUUGACGCUUUAAUAAUAAUGUCUAGAGAAAAUAUUGCCGAGGUGUGCAAAAACGAUGUACCAAAAAAGGAAUGGCAGCGUUGGUGUCGCUUAUGCGCCAAAUAUGAUGGCCACUAUUUUGAUAUUUUCGUUGAGGAACUACAACCAGUGUCUUCUCAGCAACAUCUUGACGAUACCAUAAACAAAUUCUUUCAUAUACAAAUAAAACCAAGUGACGAGCUUCCAGUAUUAUUGUGUGCAGAAUGCUACACUUUUAUCAACUACAUGAAAAAUUAUGCGGAUCAUGUUUCAAAGGUGCAAUCAAUGUAUCAUGAUUUGCUGGGUUCACCUAAAACUACAAUUACUGAUAUCAAAGACAUAUAUGAGAAAUAUGGCAUAUUCAAAUUGGAACCGUAUGUGCAGCACACUUUAGUUGAAACGGUUAAUCAUAUAGCGCCAACUGCAAUCGAGCAAAUAUUCGUAUCGGAUGAGCCAGUUUUAAAAAUUAAAGAUGAAGAAGUGGAAGAAACGCCGGCAAUAGUAAAAAAUCUCGAAGCUGAAAUCAAAAUAGAAUAUGCAGAUCCCUUCGCACGAAAUGCCUCAAGAAAUGUGGAAGCGCAUGCUGAAACAAGUGAAGACAGUGACAGUAGUGCUAGUAGCAACCAUACAUUUUCUUCUGAAACUGAAUAUCGUGUAGCGAAAAAGAAAACGGUACAUAUGCGGAGCACAAAUGCCAAAGUGAGUUCAAAUAGUACUUCUGCCUACGAUAAUGACCAAAACGAGGGCAGUUACGUCUGUGAUAUCUGCAGCCAGCGGUUUGUUCAAUACAGAAAUUAUGUAUGGCAUAUGAAGAAUAAACACGGAACAGAAACACCACACCAAUGUACGAGCUGUUCAAGUUUCUUCAAAUACAAAAAGGAGUUGCAACGACAUUUUAGAAAAAUGCACGCACCGAAGAUUUAUCCUUGUCCACAUUGUGAGCGAAAAUUUAAAAGAGCCAAAGAUGCCGAAAAUCACAUCAAAGCAGAGCACGAAGGUGAAGGUUCACUUAUUUGUGAAGAGUGCGGCGAAAGUGUGCGGACGAAAGAGAAGCUGCUGGAACAUAUGGCCAUACACACAGGUCGUGGCGCAUUCGAGUGUAAAGAAUGCGGCAAAUGCUUUGCACGAAAAUUCUAUUUAAAGAGACACGCGGAAAUUCAUGGCGAUAAACAUGUUUGUGGGGAAUGUGGUUUAGAACUGACGACGUCCAAAGCACUGAAAUUACACAGUAGAGUGCAUUCAAAUGAAAUGCCGUAUAAAUGUGAUUAUUGUGGACGUAGAUUUAAACGUACAAAGAAUUUGAAAGGUCACCUGAUAACGCACACUGGUCUCAAGCCAUUUUCCUGUGAUUUCUGCGAUAAAACAUUUUCGACCGGUUCAAGCUGUCGUUAUCACAAAAAGCACUUGCAUCCAAAGGAACUAGCCGAGUUAGAGGCAGCAGGAGUGAAGGCAUAUACCAAAAAUAUACCCAAAAUAGAAGUAUUGAAGGCGAUCACAAAAGCGACUGGAAAAGUGAAGGAGGCAGGUGAUUUUAGUAUAAGCGAUAAGCGCAUAAAACUUCCAAAACUGGACGCGCAUUUAAUUGAUCAGUGUUAAUCAAGGGUUUUAAGUUUGAAUAGGAAAUAAAUUUUUUUUUAUUUAUUUUACAAUCAAACUCAACUUGAAUAUAAAAAAUGUUUUUUGUGGCAAUGAGUUUAGUUUCGUUGUGACAAAAGCGGUUAGUUUUUUUUAUAACAAUGAAAAGGUGAAAUCUUUCUGGAAAUUCGACUAAAGUGAUCAAAUCAUUCGCUGUCGUUCUAUAAGUUCAGAGGAUUGUGAAUUCACCUUCAAACAAUCUAAUCUCUCUACGAAUGUCUGAAGGCUUUUUCGAAAAUAUUGUCACUAAAUAAAACUACGCAUCUUUAAAACGUUUUUGUGAUUGUUUUAUUCAUAUUUUGUACAUCUUAAAUCAUGAAUUAUUAUUUUAUUUUGUAAAUGUGCAUAGAAAUAAUUUAUUCGUAAAUAAUAAAUACUGGCAGAUUGCAAUUUUCGACGAAAAAAAAAUUCCCAAGUACCGUGCAUUUUUAUGAAUAUUCGUCUAUUACAAAAGCUUACAUUUAAACACAGCAUUUCACAAACAUUUUUAAAGCAUUGUAAUCGA